CUUCAAUGAACGAUCUCACAAAAAUGAGAAGGUUUUGUUACAAGUAAACACACCUAUAUUGUACAUCGUGAUUUUGACAAACGGAGGACUGUAACUAAUGUUAUUCACUGUUAUUCACGCACAGUUCUUUUUCUAGUGUCUCUAGUGUCUCUAUAAUAUACAUACAUUUUAGUUAGUGUCACAGAACUUCCAUGUUCUAUUAACCUUAAUGUAAUUACUGAACGAACACGAUGAAUACGAUAUAGUUAUUGUGAAAUUUAAUCAAUUUCUUAUUCCCUUCCUUCUUCAAUUUGAACGGAUAAUCUUCUUACUAUCCAAUUUAAUCCGACGUAUUAGCGGAUUCAAUAGAUUAUGUGGGAUUCAAUGUUCAAUGAACUCGACGAACCUCAUAUUAGAAGUUAUGCCGAAGUACUUGAACAAAAGCAAGAUGACGAAGAUCAUGAAACCAAAACAUCGUCGGAACAGGAACGUGUGGAAAAUCAUGUACUUGAAUUAUACAAAUCAAGUCAUACACCCAUUUUAAUGACGCAAAAACAUAUAAAAAAAUUAAAAAUGCUAAUAACUAAUCUUGAUGGAUCUUACGAAUCCUUGGAUUGUAGCAGACCAUGGUUGUGUUACUGGAUCUUACAUUGUCUUCAACUCUUAGGACAUCGUUUAGAUGAUGAAGAAUACUCUAGAAUUGCUUGUUUCUUAGCUAAAUGUCAAUCUCCUGAAGGGGGUUUCGGAGGAGGUCCUGGGCAAUACCCUCAUUUAGCCACUACUUAUGCUGCAGUAAAUGCAUUAUGUAUCAUUGGCACACACGAAGCUUACCAAGUAAUUGAUAGGAAAGCGCUUAAACGUUUCUUAACAUCCCUGCAUGGAGAAGAUGGUUCUUUUAGUAUACACCUCAAUGGAGAAGUAGACAUUAGGGGCAUAUACUGUGCACUUGCUGUAGCAAAAUUAACAAACGUAUAUACUCCUGAAAUGUUCAAAGGAUCAGAAGACUGGAUAGCUAAAUGUCAGACUUGGGAAGGUGGUAUUGGGGGUUGUCCUGGCAUGGAAGCUCAUGGUGGAUACACAUAUUGUGGGCUAGCAUCUCUUGUACUUCUUGGGAAAACGGAUUUUUUCCAUUUAAAGUCAUUGCUGAGAUGGACAGUGAAUAGACAAAUGCGGCUGGAAGGUGGAUUUCAAGGACGACCAAAUAAAGUAGUAGAUGGCUGUUAUUCCUUUUGGCAAGGUGGAGCUCUUUCAUUGAUACACGCAAUUUUAACAAAACAGAGGAAAGUGUUCAAUUCUAAUUACUGGUUGUUCAACCAAGAGGCCUUACAAGAAUAUUUAUUAAUUUGCUGCCAACAUCCCUGGGGUGGCCUUUUGGAUAAACCUGGGAGACAUUCAGAUAUGUACCAUACGUGUUAUGCUCUCAGUGGAUUAUCAAUUGCCCAAAAUUCUCCACAACCUUUAAUUAUUGGACCUCAAAAUACAAAUUUGAUGAAUGUAACUCAUCCUGUAUAUAAUCUAGUACUUACGUGUGCAGCUAAUGCAUUGAAAUACUUUAAUAGACAACCGAUACCUGCCUGAGUAUGUAUUUACUAUUUCAAGUGCAUUAAUAGAGUAACAACUAUUUCUAUUCUAUUUUGUGAAAAAAGUUCAAAGGGGCAGAUUCUAUUUCACUUCGUAUUAAAAUUGACCAACAAAAUGUACAUAUAAUGUUACUUAUUAAUAAAAUUAAGAAGAAUUAAAACAA